AUGAAGCUUCAAUGGGCCGGCCUCCUCUUGGGGGCUUCCAUUGGGGGAGUCAAUGCCAUGGGCAAAUACAUGCAUGAAGCCAUGAGAGGAGAGCGUGUUUCCGGCUAUGGCAAAACCGACAAACCUUCCUGGGUACCGGAGUUUAAAGAUGAAUCUCCUCCAUAUCAAGGCCAUCGAAUCCCCCGUCAGGACUGGAAAGUGAUAUGCAGCAGCUCCGUUCAUGGCUACCCAUGCAAAAAUGCCAUCGAUGGCAAGAGUGCUACUGCCUGGCGCAGCGACCCCUCCGACAAGGGACAUACUUUCAUUGUUGAUCUUGGGGCCUGGUACCAAGUGGGCGCCGUCGUUGUCCUUCCUCCAGUUGAUACGGACACGGAAGGCCUCAUUACCCAGCACAAGAUUUGGGUCAGCGCAGAUCAUGAAACCUGGACGGGCCCUGUUGCAUAUGGAAUGUGGCCCAGUACAAACAGACAGCGAAUGUCCGCGUUUGAACCCUCCUCUACCCGAUACUUGAGGAUCACGACCGACGCCGACGAGGAAAAUCCCUGGGUCGGUAUUGCGGAACUGAACAUUUAUGGAACUCUGUACACUAUUCCUCGUGACCCUGCUCUCGGUGUCUGGGGACCAACUCUUGAUUUCCCUAUUGUGCCUGUCUCCGGUGCUCAGGAGGGAUCUGGCAUGCUUGCCCUUUGGUCGUCGUGGGCCGAUGACCAAUUCCACUCGACGCCGGGAGGAAAGACCGUCAUGACCCGAUGGAACCCAUUGACCGGCGAGGUCACUAAACGCACUGUCACCAACACCCAUCACGACAUGUUCUGCCCCGGAAUUUCUUAUGACGGCACUGGCAUGAUGGUUGUGACUGGUGGCAAUGAUGCCUCGGAGACUAGUCUCUAUGAUUCUGUCAAUGACGAAUGGAUCAGCGCAACCGAAAUGAAGCUCCGUCGUGGAUACCAGGCGUCCACAACUCUCUCCGACGGACGUGUCUUUGUCAUUGGGGGUUCAUGGGCUGGAGCUUCGAACGUUGACAAAGAUGCCGAAGUCUACGACCCUGCUACCCGAAACUGGACUAUGCUUCCUGACGCAAAGGUCCGCCCGAUGUUGACCAAGGAUAUGGAAGGUGCUUGGCGAGCGGACAACCAUGGCUGGCUCUUCGGCUGGAAGGAUCAGAGUAUCUUCCAAGCUGGGCCUAGCAAACAGAUGAACUGGUACUCCGCCCAUGGCAAUGGAAGUGUUAAGGCAGCAGGACUUCGUAUGGAAGAUGAGGAUUCCAUGUCUGGUAACGCAAUCAUGUUCGAUGCCGUGAAGGGAAAGAUCCUCACGCUGGGUGGUUCUCCUGACUAUGAUAAAUCGUGGUCCACCAACGCAGCCCACAUUAUCACGAUCGGCGAACCAGGUGAGGAGCCGAAGGUUGAACCGGCCGGACGAGGCACCAUGCACCGUGAGCGUGUAUUCCACACUACGGUUGUUCUCCCCGAUGGAAAAGUGGCCAUCUUUGGCGGCCAGCAGUACGGUGUUGCAUUUAAUGAGGAAACCGUCCAAUUUGUUCCGGAAAUCUAUGACCCUAAAACGAACACUUUCACGGAGUUACAGCAGAACAAUGUUGUGAGAGUAUACCAUACCGUGUCAAUCCUCCUCCCCGAUGGCCGUGUGCUGAACGCAGGUGGUGGACUCUGCGGCAAUUGCACAGCCAACCACUAUGACGGCCAGAUCUUUACCCCUCCUUACCUCCUUACUGCUUCAGGUGAGCCUCGGCCUCGUCCUGAGAUCCUCUCCGGGCUGGAAGAUUAUGCCGUGGUGGGUAGCACCCUGAGAUUCAAAACCUCCGGCCUUAUCUCGUCAGCAUCCCUGAUCCGUCUGGGAACCGCCACCCACACUGUCAACACUGAUCAACGCCGCAUUCCACUCGAUAUUAGACCUACAUCAUUCUUCCGCAGUACCUGGAGGACUACCCUGCCAAAUGAUUCGGGUAUUCUCAUCCCUGGAUACUGGAUGCUGUUUGUUAUGGACAAGGAUGGCGUGCCUAGCAUCGGGAAGAUCAUGAUGAUUGGGUUGGACAAAAAGAAGACCAUCCAGCCUGCACAGGAUCCGCUGGGUCUGUUGGAGGCACAGAACAGAAUCAUGUGCGUCAAUAUCCAGUCGCUUUGGAUGGUUGCGAAAGCCAAACUGGACAACGCUGACCAGAAGCUGCUCGCCUUCGACAGCGACAAUGGUAUCAAGGAAGCUGGAAAAAGUGAGCUUGAUAUAUUGGAGAGUCUCGAGCAAACGACUCGGGAAGCAUACGAUACAUGCAUCCGGAAGAGAUGGAAAAUCACCAUUCCGGGAACAGGGAAGAAAAUUAUAAUUCGUGACCUACUGAAUAAAGUCGUGCACUGGAUUGAACUAUUCAAAUCAGUGGGCGAUCAAGUUGUGCAGUAUGACCCUGGCCAUGCUGCCUUACCGUGGGCCGGAGCUCGAUUCUUGUUGCAGAUUGCUAUCAACGACUUCAGCAAAUUCGAUUUCGUUGUGCAAGGGGCCGAAAGAAUCGCCAAAAUGACGGCAAGGUAUAGGAUUAUCGAGCAAAUUUACAUUCAAAAAGGCUCAGCUGCUUCGGAACAGCUUGAGCAGGCGGUUGUGAGCGUGUAUGGCUCGAUCCUCAAAUAUCUUGUCGGGGCCAAGCGCUAUUUUGAACAGCGAACAGGAGGUGAGUUCAUAUUGCCAAGUUCGAUUGUAGCUGGGUCAAGCUCACAACUUCUAGUGCGACUGUUGAGAAGCGGGCUUCUUGGCCAGGAUGACUUCCAGGAACUUUUGGACAAAAUGGAAGCGGGCGAGAGAUGGGUGGAUCGGUGCGCUAGCUUGGUUCAAGCUGAGAAGAUGACAACCUUUCAUUCACUGCGAGAUACACUCAGUCGGAUCGAACAGCCAAUCUCACAGGUGUUCUUCCACAUGAACAAGGUUGAGGAUCAUUUGGACAGCCUACAGCGACGACAGAUGUUGGACUGGUUGUCUACUCAGCCAUAUCUUGACCACCACACCACGAUCAAAUUUCGGGUCCUGGAUGGAACAUGCCGAUGGGUUCUGCAACAUGCAAGUUUCACCGAAUGGAAACGUGAAAGCACAAACUCCCUGCUCUGGCUUCAUGGUGCUCAGGGUGCGGGAAAAAGCUGCUUAGCAUCGAUGGUCAUUGAUGAUGGCAUGAAUGACUCCAGCCAGAUUCAAAACUUCGCUCAUGCCUACUUUUAUUGUUCUCGCAACACUGCCGAGCCCCAACGUGCAAAUGCACAGAGUAUUCUCGGGUGUAUUGCGCGUCAGCUUUCCAGCCCAUCUUCAAACCAGCCCCUUGCCCCCCCAACACUUUCUCUUUACAGGAAAAUACACCUAGCAGAUGGUUCAAUGAGAGCUCCUACUCUGUGGGAAUGCCGUGAUCUAAUUAUUGAACUCACCGAAGCCUAUUCCCGCAACACUAUUGUGAUAGACGCUCUGGAUGAGUGUGGUAGGGAGGAGCGAGCGGAGCUCGUCGAGGCACUGGAGUAUAUUAUCGACAACUCGCCUAGCCUCAUCAAGGUCUUUGUCACCUCACGCGAAGAGGGCGACUUGAGGUUAUCUAUCCAGGCGCAUUCCGGGGUUCAGGUGACGUGGGUAGAGAAUGGGGCCGAUAUCGAGAAAUUUGUGAAUUUUGAAACGGACAGGCUUGCUGCAAAGAACCAGCUACUUGCCUCUAUCCGAGUCCAAGCGACAAAAGAAGAUUUGAAGGCGUUGAUCAAGGAAGAUACUAUUUCCAAGGCUAACGGGAUGUUUCGUUGGGCUCAGUUGCAGCUGCAGAGUCUUCGGUGGAUUCGUACUGAGAGGGACAUUCGAUUUGCUAUGUCGAAGAUCCCGCGCCAACUCAGCGAGCUAUACGAGGACCUCUACACGAAGGCACUUGAAAACACCGAAGAAACAGACCGUGCUUUGUUCCGAAACACGUUGAGAUGGAUGUUAUGCACGAGGCGGGUUUUCGGCUGGGAAGACUUCUCCCAAGCUAUUACAAGCUUUUCGGACAUCAAGAUACACGAGAUCGAUGAAGACUUCAUCUUGGAUCUUCUCAGCAAUUUCGUGAUCUCUCAAACAACCCAAGAAGGAAACCAGACCUUCCGCUUCGCCCAUCUGUCGGUGCGGGAGUUUUUAGAAAAUAAGCCCGAAUACUCCGCCGAAGUUAGCAACACCUUUGCCGCGGAGGUGUGCUUGUUAAAAUUGCUCGGAGCUUCCGGAUCGCCCAGUGCAGAAGAAUUCCUCGGCAGGCUAGGCCUCAGUGAUGAAGGUACCGUAACUUUGUCAGAGAUCGACUCUUACAGGAAAGGCAUACAUGACUACUCCUUGCGAAAUUGGUACGUACACUGUGUGCAUGCUGGCGAGGUACAUCGAUUAGACGAGGAACUACACCUCUUUCACCUCCUGCGCUAUUUUCUCUUUGACGAUUCGGAUCCAAACUGUCCACUAAAGUGUUGGGUACGUUCUCGUCAGCGCCGCAAAAUGGAAACCAUAGACGGAUCGCACCUCCUUGGGCUACUGCGAAAUUACCAUCGAUCCCUGGACCGGGCAUUUCUGCUUUCCUGUGUCUUCGGCUUCGGUGAAGUUCUUCGCAUCGAUCAGUAUAAUGAGCUCGAUGAUGACGUCAAAGAAGCAUGCAUUCUGGCAGCCACGAUACACGGCGAGUAUCAUAUCUUGAAGUAUUUGAUGGGGAAAGCAAAAGUCCCAUUAUUGCAAAAGCGCAUUUUGAGUGCUCUAGUCCGAAACGAUGACAUUGAGCCGCUCAAAUGGUUCUUGACUCUCGCCGAGCCUGACCUGAUUACCGGAUCGACCAUCGUGGAAGCGGGGCAAGUAGGGGCAGAUACGGAAAUAGUCGAGCUGUUGCUUGAUCAUAAUACAAAUCUACACAUUACGACGGAGCUCAUUGAACAAUGCAGUUCGUACACGACGAUUGAAGCACUUCUCAGCAGAGCCCCCGACGUCGUAAUCACGUCUGCGAUGCUCAAGAACGCUAUGUACGAGAUACCCAUUGAACGUCUGAGAGAAAUCCUUGACAAGAACGAUGGAUCGAUCAUUACAUGUGACACUAUCGGAUUGGCUAGCUACUACGCGGAUUUUUCAGAAGGAAUGCGAGCCAAGAUAGAGCUUUUGUUGGAACGCGCUGGUGAGAUCAAAUGGACCGAGAGAGUUAUGUUGCAAACCAUUACCAAUAACGGAAACUCUGAGGUGAUUCAGAUUCUUCUUGAUCACGGUUGCCCGGUGACAGAAAAGGUUAUGGUGAAAGCUGCGGCAUGGGGAAGAGCCACUCCUUUCGAGCUCCUUCUCAACGCUGGAGGCGUAAUUACGACCGAAGUUAUAGUUGGUGGAGCAAAGAAUAUUCAUGACGGGUCUCGAAUGGUCAAGCUCCUUGUAUCCUUGAUGGACCGACCAUUAGACGAUCAAUUGUGGGUCCAGAUGAUGCUGAAAUGCGCUCAGAAUACAUGGGGAAAUCCGGAAACCCUUCAAGCGCUCCUGGAAAUGAAACCUGGUCUGAAGGUUUCAGAAGAGGUUUUGAUCGCUUUUACGGAAAAUCCCGUCAAAGGGAACAUCACACUGGAUGUCAUUCUUGAGGACAACCGAGAGAUGCAGGUUACCGAUGCGGUGAUCGUGAACGCAUUAAAAAGGUUGGACUUCGAUAAAACCAUAUCGAAACUUCUCGACCGACACGGCUCGACGAAUAUUUCGAGCCAGAUGCUACUUGGAGCUGCUCAGAAUGGUCAGUUCGGAGAUGAAAUGACAAAGCUUCUAUUGCAGCGAACUGCAACAACCAUUGAGAAACCAUCCUCCAUGGUUGUUGACGCAGUCAUUGGUAAUCGGUAUUCAGGUUAUGGAACACUGCAGAUGCUGGAGAGCUAUUUUGGGCAGCUUGAGCUCUGCGAGGCGAAUGUGAAGACUGCGGCUGAGUCUGGGAACCAGUCUAUGCUGACCUUAGUAUUGGAUCGAUGUUCAAUAACCGAGGCCACGCCAUCUGUUCUAUUAGCCGCUGCGGCGAAGGGGAGCUUAGAAGUGAUGAAGCAUCUUUUGAAAUUAAAGAACGCUGUUGUUACCGAAGAUAUUCUGAUUGCGGCGUCGGGAAAUUUCGGUUGUAGCAUUGACAUGCUCAAGGUGCUUUGGGACUUUGCACCACACAUCGAAGUGUGUCCUGAGAUAUUUCUAAAUGCUGCCGAUCCUUAUAUUUGGAGAUCCGCGCAUGUUGAGUUUCUCUUUUCUCGGGUCAAAGAUUCCAAAACGUGCCAUGAUCUUCUGGAAGCGGUGAUGACAGCAAAAGAGAGCCCGGGGGAUUGGUUAUCUGUGCUUGUUCUGGAAUACAUCCUUCAGAGCGAGUUUGACAUUGAAGUGACCAAUGAACUUGUAAUGGAUGCCUUAAAAGCAGGCCGGGGACGGCUUUUGAAGGUUUUCUUCGACAACGGGAUCGAUAUUGAACUCUCACAGGAUAUGGUAAACACGGCAGUCGAGCUAGAGGACUAUCGGGCCCUAGUAGUGUUGGUCGAGCAUGGGAAUUCGGAUGAAUUGAACCUGCAGGAUGCAAGGGUUGUCAUCGACAAUACAUAUUUGGAUGAGGAGUGA